AUGCCUGUGCAAGCUUUAGAGGAUGCGUCGAAGCAUUGGGGACUGCAGGACUCAUCAAGUCCAUUUGAUCGGACCGAGAGCCUGAUGUUCCUGGCGCAUUUCGUCGGCGACGUCCACCAGCCGCUCCACUGUGGCCACACCGAUGAUCUGGGCACAACACUAUCAUCGUCCACUGGGGAGUGGUACAGAAGGAAGAGCAACCUUCACCAUGUAUGGGAUGUGAACGUGAUUGAGACAGCCAUGAAAGACUUCUAUAACAACGAUCUAAGCACCAUGAUAAAGGCCAUCCAGCGGAACAUUACUGACGUGUGGUCUAACGAAGAGAAGCAGUGGGAGACGUGCAAUAUCCGGACAAAGUUCUCUGAAGAGAGCUCAAAACUUGCCUGCAAUGCCUACAAGGGUGUUAAGCAAGACUCCAUCUUACAAGACGACUAUUUCUUCGCUGCGCUGCCGGUGGUUCAGAAGAGGAUUGCCCAAGGAGGCGUGAGGCUUGCGGUCACACUCAACAAGAUACUCCGUGAAUGA